GACGGCCUAGUCCAAAAAUAUUGGGAAAACUUGGAGAAAUCAGGGGAAGAGUCAGCCUUGAAAUCCAAGGAGUAUAGGGCGAUGCUUCUCCACAUUGGUGCCUUUGGACUGGUGGAUAGAGCGAAUGUCCCAGGUGGCUAUCAGGUUGCCAUCAAGGAAGCAUUUGAAUCUUUUACCCGGAAAGGCAUUUGCAGAUACUUUGGUGUAAGCGAGCGAGCCUCCAGGUGGCUGCGACUUGGCUCCAAGGAUGCCGCCAGCACGCGGCAUUAG